AUGGGCAGAUUUCAGCAUAGCGGAGGGCGAUCGUUCGCUGACAGCUGGGUACGUCCUACCUGCGUCCCAACACAGGUAGAUAUCCUCCCGGUGCUAGACCAUGGACCGCCACCGCCUCCCCCCUUCGGCACUCCAAUCUGUGGUCGGAGUUAUACCACGGAGCCACUUCUCUUUUUUAACCUGGACAACGGGGCAAGAAGGGCGGUUCCACUGGGAUUCGAACUACCUUCUUGCCCGCCUUGCAGCGGGCCUAUAAGAGACUCGGAUCCUUUUAUGAAUGGACAUAGCCAAGAUUGGGAGGAGAUGUGUGUCGAUGAGGAUAGCGAUGGGUACAUGGAUGAAGUUGAUGAUGAAGAGUUGGCCACGAAGAAGGACGGUGCUGAAACUGAAACGGUGAUGGGUGGUCAGCAGGUGCCGGGUCCAGAGAAGCCAUUUGAAGAUUUGGAUGGUAGCGAAGUGGAGAUGGGGGAUGAUGGUACGAACAUGUCGUUGCGAGAGACAGUGAAGAUGUUGAGAGGGGAAGUCGAAGAGUUGAAGAAGAAGAUGAUACGCGAACGUUUGGAAUGUCAACGCCUGGGAAGUAUUGUUGAGGAGAUGAUGGAGUACCUGAAGAGGGAGGAGCAUACCCACUGGGGACACAGGUCCGAGCAACGAGCGAACUUCUAUCAUCACCAUAAUCACUUUGGUAUGAGGCCUGGCGAAGCAGGCAGAAGAGAUACCGGUCAAUCACACAGACCUAGCACAUACAAGGCACCUCCUAGGCCUUCCAAGUCGAUCGAUGAUUAUAACAACGCCUGGAAAUCAGUUUCUGACAGCAAGGAUGCGUUAGGGGCGCGUGUAGCUAUUCCAUGGCCAACGAGCAGCCUCCAAGCGAGUCCUCUGUCGCAGCAUCCACAGUCACAAAGCGGUUUUCUAAGGCCUAGUCACCUGCCAAAGGAGAUCAGGGAGAAUAUAUUUCAGCUCAGGAAGUGGAAUGCCUUUAGCUUCUUCGUUCAAGCGUUUGGUCUGCAUCCGCUGUAUAUGCAAAUUGACGGUGCCAGGGGUCAAAUAGAGGGGCCUGAAGAGCCACGGGAGGCUAUAUUGUUUGAUAUCCGGGUCCAGGGGGCGUCUAGGGAGAGAUUGGCCGCGCUGAAGGCACAGUUGGUGCAAGAAAAGCUGAGAUGGCAUCCAGACAGGCUGAAGAGGCUGUCUAUUGGCUUCAGGGGUGAGGAAGAAGAGACCGCAAAGGCUGUCUUGAGUGCUGUCCUGGCUAGCUCACAGGCCUGUAACAGGUGUUUGAACCUAUUAGGCUGA